AUGUCGUUCAAGGAUAUACUUAUAGAAAGCAACGUCAAAGAAAAGCUAUUGCCUGACAAGCUUUUAUCAAUUCUUUUAGAAUUCAAAGCAAGUGAAAUCAAUCUCAAUAUUGCACUAAUUCUCUCUGAAGUUUUGUUUCCUGGUACGCAAGGCUUACCAGAUGGAUUAGCAUUUACAAAUAGCUUACCUGAAGCUAGUGCAGGUGGUGCGCAAAUACAAAGUUGUUUUCGCUCUAUUGUGAGUGAUUCAAAAUUCAAAGUCAAUUGGUAUGAAGUGUUUGCUUAUGUCAACAAAUAUUUACUUGAGACUUCAGCAGGAGAUUCUCAGCCUUCUUUAACCAGUCUCACUCAGUUGUUUUCCGCGUUGGAUUUUCAACCUGGUAUUAUUGAUAUCUUUUUGAAUUGCAAUUGGUGGUUUGACAAAACCUUAAUAUACUUCUUACAAACUAGUGAUCCACAACAAGGUGGAUAUGAUGUUUCAUCUCUGAAGAAUUUAGCACUUUGUUUCGAAGAAAGUAUCAAUGAACCAUCUUCACCAAGGAAAAAUAUUUUAAAAUUCAUAAAUAUUGGAAAACUAGAAGUGAAUGUCAUGUCUCAGGUUCAACAACAACAAAUUCUGGCCCAACUCACUGAGCUGGAUGGUAAACUUAAUCAUUAUUUAAAUCAAGUUUUUGAACACGAUUGCCGCCUUUUUACUGAGUUCUUGUUUGUUGCUGCUAUACUGAUUGCUGAUAAGACCCAGUUUAUUAGUGGAUUCAUAGAUACGCUUUUCACACUUUUGAUGGAUGCAGGGAGUGAAUCUUUGCAAAGAGUGAUCUUAAAAUUCAAAGAGGUCGAUCUUGAUGUGACCAUCUUGAAACUUAUCGAUUAUUAUACCAAAAGAGGUACACCAGAAGCUGUGAACAAAGUUCUUGACUUAAGCCACAACGCUGGAUUCUUUGAUUUGCUUAUCCAGAAGGCUUGGCAACUCGAUGUUAAGCUUGGAUUAAAUUUCACUAUUGAUGCAUCAAAUUUUGGUUAUGAUUAUGAGUCUGUUAUUGAAUCUAAGUUUAAUGAUCCUGAAUUAAAAAGUGUGUUGUAUCAAUCCAUCUUAGAGACCUUAGAGACUAGAGCACCUCAGGAUUAUGAAAGGGUCCAACAACAACAACAAGUGCAGGGAAACGAUACUUUAUAUAAACCAUUAAAGAUUACUGUUGUAUUUUAUCUUUUAGAGAAACUCAAGGGGAGUAAGGGCCUAAUUGACGCAGAGAGAUUGAAAAACUUGCAGCUACUGCUUUUAACAACUUAUCCAAGAUUGAUAAAUUUUGGAUGGGGCCAUGACGAGGCUAUAUUGAAGAAUAGCGAAGCGUCUAAUUCUUUCCCAAGUGAUGUUGAGCAGGAAAUGAAGUCAUAUUACUCAAAGAUGUAUAAUAAAGAAGUUGAUAUUAAAGAGAUUGUGGACAUGCUUAUUCGAAUGAAAUCUAGUGACGAUCCUCAUGAUCAAGACGUCUUUGCAUGUAUGAUCCAUUCGUUGCUUGACGAGUAUAGAUUCUUCUCUGAAUAUCCACUAUCGGCAUUGGCUUCAACCUCAUUGUUAUUCGGAGCACUUUUGGAGAAGGAUCUCAUCCAAGGAACGACAUUGACUGUUGCAUUGAACUUUAUUUGGGAGUCUUGUAAUCAACCACAGGACUCACAUUUAUUUAAAUUUGCUGUCCAGUCAUUAUACAAUUUUAAAUCAAGGUUACACGAAUAUCCCAUAUAUUGCAAGCAUUUGCUAGAAUGCCAGUCUUUGGUCUCACAUGCUAAAAUGUAUCAAAUUGUUAAAAAUGCAGCUAAUGGUGUUCCUCGGACGGGAGCAACGGUAACUCCGACUCCUAAGACUGGACCCCGGUAUCAAUCGAUUACCGUAUCGGAUAAACAGCUUGGUGAUAUACCUCAAGAAGACCCAAGUGAAUCUGUAUCUGACAAGCUUUUGUUUUACGUUAACAAUAUGACGAGUGAAAACAUGAAGAUCAAUGAAAUCAAAGAGCUAUUGCCUGAAAAGUACCUUCUUUGGUUUGCAAAUUACAUGGUGUCUGACAGAGCAAAAAUAGAGCCUAAUAAUCAUGAUCUUUAUGCAGAAGUUGUAAGGCAAAUCGACAGUUCCAUAUUUUAUGAAUAUGUUUUGAAUGUUUCUCUUAAGGAAGCCGAGAGGAUUAUUAGAAACUUCAAAGAUUCAUCCAAUGAUCGAAAUAACUUAAAAAAUAUUGGAGCAUGGAUUGGAAAAUUAACCUUGGCAAAUGACAAACCGUUAUUGAGAGAUCAGAUUGCGUUGAAGUUUUUGCUAGUUGAAGCUUUUGACUUUAAGUCACUUAAUUUAAUAAUCCCUUUUGUCUGCAAAAUUUUGGAUCAAGCUCAAAAUUCUAUAGUCUUUCAGCCACCCAAUCCCUGGGUUCUAGGAAUUUUGAAAGUUUUGGCAGAACUAUAUGAGUGUGCUGAUUUGAAACUCAACUUGAAAUUUGAAAUAGAGGUUCUUUUGAACUCCUUCAAAUUGAAAAUCGAAGACAUAGAACCUUCAAAACUCAUAAGAUCACACAAUCCCAAGCCUAAUGCACUCGCGGCGUAUUUUGGUGUUCACCCUGAGACAGUAACAUUGGUUAAUGAUAUGUCGAGAUUAGCGUUAGAAAUUCCCGAUGGCGUCGAUACUUCUGCCCAACAGCAGCAGUCCCUGUUACCUCAAACUUAUGCUCAGCCUCAAGUUCAACAGGCUCAGCAACCUCAACAACAACAACAGUUGCAACCAGAAUACAGUUUAGAUACCAGUUUCAGUACUCUUGUUGGAAAUACAAUUUUCACCGAGCAUGCUAAUUUAAGAAGAGCUUUUCAAGCGUCUUUGUCAAGGGCAGUUCGUGAGUGUGCUGUUCCCAUCUUAAGUCGUGUCUCAGAAGCGGUUUUAACAACUACAGAAGCAAUGAUCAAAAAAGAUUUUGCUUGUGAGGCAGACAUUAAAAAGUUCCAUAAAAGUUACCAAACCUUGGCACAACAGUUAGCUCAUAGCAUGGUUCUUUGCACGGGACGUAAAAUUCUCAGCGAAGCAAUCGAGGCUACUAUGUUGCAGCUACUUGGAAACAAUGCUGCUGAACUUCCCUUGGCCGAGUUAGGAACUGCAAUCCAAGCAAACGUUGGUUUAUGCGUAGAUAUUGUGGACAAGAUUGCCGCAGACAACAUAAGUGAACUAAUCGAUGAAAGAAUGCUGAAGCAAAGAUUACUUCGUGAACAGCAUCGUAAUGGCGAACCUUUCGUCGAGGAAAGUAUAAAUGAAUAUGCUUUAAAUUUACCUCCACCGUUGGGAUUGAAUCCUGAGGGUAUCACUCCUAAUCAGCUCCGCAUAUAUACUGAAUUUGGUACUAAUGGCCCCGCCAGUAGGAUCGAGCAACAGGUUGAACCUCAAGUGAAUCCACAAUUGACAUUGGUUCAAGAUGACUUUGCUACCUUUGAAUCAUUAUUCACUGCUAUUACUCAAAACUGUGAGAAAUCAAUUCAAUUAUUAUCUGAUGUCCAAGAAACCAGGUUGGCGGACCUUGAUCCUAAUCAUCCAAUAAUGACUUCUUUGAGCCAUGCUUUAACAAUUGCGCAAAACAAUGCUCUAAAGUACCCUGAAUUGCUUUUGAAGGCUGCACAGUAUGCUGUAAAUUGCUUGUUUACUCAAGCGCAUGAAAAUCCAAUGAGCAAUGAAAUUUACGUUGUAUUUUUGGAUAAGUUGUGUGAGUUCUCACCUUCAACUGCUAAGGAUGUUACUUGGUGGCUUGUUCAUUCUUCAGAUCAACGUAAGUUUAAUAUGCCGGUGAUAUAUUCUCUUCUUAAGGUGCAACUAGUCCAACCAAGUAAAUUAGAUUCAUCCUUAGGUGCUUUGAUCUUAGAAUCCAACAAUCCUACUGUCGUCAAGUUUGCAGCCAAUUUAUUGGCCAACGUCUUCACCGCAGAUGACUCACAUCCAUUUGCCUUGAGGUCAGAAUUUGCAAUAACUUUGGAUGCACUUUCCAAAUAUCCUGGAAACGAACCGGAUGAGGAACAUGUUCAAGCCAAGUUGGCCCGUGACAACUUGUUUAACUUGUUAAACAAGCUCAAUAGUCCAAAUUUGGAACAAGUGUACAGUCAGAUGGGUUAUAUUUUUGCUGAAUGGAUUAAGCUUUUAACUCAUGGGGACAAUACAGACUCCUUACAGGAUUCCUUUAUAGAUAAGUUGCUAGGUGAUGACAUACUUACAGAUCCUGACCAUUUUGAGAUAUUUUUCAAGGCAGCUACAGAAAUAUCAGUUACGGCUUUUGCAACGGAGCAUGAGGUUAGAGCCAGGACUCAGCGUGAUUGCUAUUUAGCUGUUGACACUUUGGCAAUCCUCAUAGUAAGGAUAAUUUUGAGGUUUGAAGAUGAAGAUGAAGCGAUUGAGUAUUUACAAAAUAUUAUUGGAAUCAUUUUGUUGGUUUUGACUAACGACCAUGAGGCAUCGACUGGAACGUGGAAUGAAAGAGCAUAUUUCAGAUUAUUUUCGUCGUUACUUUCUAGUUGGAAUUCUGCUUCCAUUUUUGAUAAAGAUGCUACCAUCAAGUUGGAUAGCAAGUUUUACUGUUUAUUGGGAGAGGUUUUCAACUCCUUACAACCUAUAAUCUUUCCAGGGUUUACAUUUGCAUGGAUUUCUUUGAUAGCACAUAGAAUGUUUUUACCAAGAUUGGUAGAGUUGCCAGAUAAACGAGGCUAUCAAACGGUGGUAAAAUUAUUGACAGCAAUUUUGAAAUUCCAAGCUGUAUACUCGAAAGAGGCGCAUCAUGAUGUGAUAUUUGUUAUAUUCAAAGCUGUUAACAGAAUAAUCGUCGGCUUAGCUCAUGAUUAUCCUGAAUUUUUAGUUGAAUGUCACUACCAGCUAGUUACGGCAGUGCCUAGGGAAUAUAUCCAGCUAAAGAAUAUUAUUCUUUCAGCUACACCAUCUAAUAUCACAGUACCUGAUCCGUUCACCCAAGGCCUUAAGGUUGAAAGGCUACCAGAAAUUAAUGAUUCCCCAAUCAUCAAUUAUAAGCCAUUGGAAGAUUUACUGAAAAUUGGAUUAAAGAAGCCUGUGGAUAAUUUUUUGAGAAUCCCAGCACCAGGACUCAUGAAAAGCAUUUAUGCUGGAAUGAAAUUGAACCACCCAAAGGAAGUAAACGAUUGGGGAUUCGAUGUGGUCCAUUAUAACGUAAAGUUAGUUAAUGCUUUGGUUUUACAUGUUGGGAUUUCGGCUGUGGCUGACAGAUUACCUAACAAUGUUAGGGGUUUCAAUACAAAGACUUCCCAUGUCGCGCUCUUAGUUGAUCUCAUGAACUACGGAUCUCUGGAAUUCAAAUUCCACUUGAUAAAUGCAAUAGCUAACCAGUUGCGAUAUCCUAACAGCCAUACGCACUGGUUUAUUGGUAUUAUACUUCAUUUUUUCAGCUCAAGCUCAAUAUGGGCCACGGCAUCUAAUAAAGCUAUUGUGCAAGAAGUCAUCACCAGAGUGUUGUUGGAAAGAAGAGUUGUUAGCAAGCCACAUCCCUGGGGUCUCACUAUUGUCUUCACAGAACUUUUGAAAAACGGCGACUACGGCUUCUUUGAUCUUCCAUUUGUUAAAGAUGCCAUCCCUGAAUUAAAGAACAUAUUUGAUGCUUUGUCUCUUAAUUUCACAGGUGCUUCUCCAAAUGACCCAUAA